CUUGCUCCGUUAGGGUUAGGGUUUCUUUAGCUUGACGGCGCCGCCCUGUUCUAGGGUUUCGCCGCCGCUGUUCAUACCUUUUCUUUCCUCGAGUCUGCCUACGCGCUGUUCUCUUGGUUUCGUCUAUCAAGAAAUGCCCCCCUCCCCUCCUCUCGGCCGACAGGAGAGGGGAGGUUCUGCCCGUGCCCGUCCCUGCUCGCAUCCGAACCCGACGCGGGUCAUCCGGCAGCGGCCACACCGACGGGAUUACACUGACGUAGAAGAUAACCCGGGGCACACUCGAUCUGACAAACCCUCACUCCGCCACCACCACGCGCGGUCUUGCGAACCGGCGACUGCCAUUCAGCUGCGAUUACGGUGAAAUACUAAGGUAAGGCUGCGCCCUUUGGUUAAACGCUCCCUUCAGAGGAUUCACCAGAUCAAGGGAGGCCGGUUUCACUAGGGCUGCGCUUCUUAAAAGCCUAGUUCUUCUCUGCUUUUCGUUUUUAUUUUCUCUUGUUUUAUUAUUGGUCCUUGCUGCUCUCUGCUUUAACUUGUCACUAGAAUUCCUUCAACUUUGUGCACACAUAGAUUGGACAAAGGAUUUUGGUGUAGUUUCUAGCAAGUUAUUUUGAACUCCGCAAACCCAAUUGGGAGGCAUACACACUUUAACCAUCUCUGCAAAGUUGGGGGUGCAGAGUACAAUCUUCAAGCGCUCAUUGAGUUGUUCAAGAUCUCCCUUCAAUCCACUGAGAAUGGAGUUACACAUCCCAAAACUGAGGAUGAAUUGAUUACGGAGGUUGAUGAGCAACUCCAACUCAAAAGUAGUUGUGCAUGGAGGGUGGAAUAUCAGUCUACGCAGCCAGAUUCAAGCCUUGCAGCGCGCACUUUAGUACCAGCCGAAGGUAUCACUACUGAAACUUCGUCAAUUUCACUAACACCGGACGAUAUUCUACCCAUUAGGGUAGGGUGGGGUCCUUCUUUGUGUGGGAAAUUUGCAGGGAGGUUUCCAGGAAAGCCCACAGUUUAUAACUUGGUGCAACGAUGGGGUGUCCCCACGAAUGUGGCAUACCAUAGCAAGGGCUGGAUAUUGUUCGGAUUUAGGUCCUAUGCUGAUUUAGAGAAGGUGCGCAACAAAGGACCGUACACUGUCUUUGGAGUGCCGCUCAUUCUGGAGCCAACUCCAGCAAACUUUAACUUGGAAGACAAUGUCAAACUCCAAAUUCCAGUAUGGAUCCGUAUACCUACCACUCACUCUAUGGACGAGGUCUGUAGUGGAGAAAAUAACAUCCUCCAUUGGAACUUCGGUUGCAGUUGACCAGACCACUAUCCGGAGACGAUCACUAGAUGGCCCCAGAGUCCAAGUCCAGAUCAUACUUGAUAUGCAGAAGGACCUGCGAGACACCAUCGAACUCUUUCUGCCUAAUGGAUCCUCUCUGCAACAGAGGAUUGCCUUCGAGAACCUGCCUAAAAUCUGCCACACAUGUCAUGUGUUUGGCCAUGCCACCUUCGGCUGCCCUGGCCCAGCGGAAAGAGCAAAAAUCAGGGAAGAGAAUAGGAAACGAGAACUCUCCAGGCAGCGGCCAAAUGCGAGGGACCCUAGUCGGGGUCGUGACACUACGGUUAGGCGCUCGGCGAAUAGCAGGGCAACUCACGACACUGCGGUGGUCACUCAUGGUGUAUGGAAGCGAACGAUGAAAAACCAGAAUAAUGCCUACAAGAUAGAUGUGCCCUCGUCAAGCCAGGACCCACUCAUAAGGAAGCCAGACAACCGUGAGAUGGAUGGGCCAGUUCAAUGCGGUAAUGCACGUAGAUGAGAGACGGGACAUAAGGAAGCCAGACAACCGUGAGAUGGAUGGGCCAGUUCAAGCAUGUGCCAUACUUGGACUACAAGACGUGGCCUCCACUGGCUGCUCCUUCACAUGGACGAAUGGCCAUAUUUUUAGCAAAAUUGACCGUGUAAUGGUGAACCAGGAAUGGCUUGAUGCCUUCUGGUUUCCAGACGGACCACUCCCCUGCUGUAACUAAACUGUUCGCCGACUUUCAAGCCACACCUAAGCCCUUCAAAUUCUUCAACUUCUGGAUGGAUCACACGGACUUUGUGAAGACAUUGAGGGAGAAUUGGAGGAUACACGUGGUGGGCUUGAAACAGUAUAGCCUUUUUUAGAGGUGUAAGGCUUUUAAGCAAGUCCUCAAGACCUUUAACUUCCGAGAAUUCAGCAACAUCACAGGCAGAGCAAAAGAAGCAACAAGAGAGCUCGAGGAUCUUCAAUUGCAAGCAGAUGUGGAUACCUCUAAUCGGGUGCUCCAGGACCAGAUCAAAGUUUGCAAAAAGAAGGCUGAAUUUUUAGUCACUGCGGAGAAAAACUUCUUUAGCCAAAAGGCUGGCCUGAAGCAUAGACUCUUAAGUAACCGUAACACGGCUUUCUUCCAUGCCAUGGUGCGCACGAAUAACACAAGGAACACGAUAUCCUUUUUGUGUCGGCCAGAUGAGUCUCUAAUUGAAGAUCAAGUGGACAUUGCGGAUAGCUUCGUGCACUUUUACAGAGGCCUCUUCGGGGUCCCUAAGCAAGCCGCCCCUAUCUUGCCUGAUGUGUUAGACAAUGGCUACACUCUUGAUGGAGAGGAAGCGAAUAGGCUCAUUAUGCCCAUUACUGAUGAAGAGAUCAAGGGAGCCCUUUUUGCAAUCAAAGAUGAUAAAGCUCCGGGGCCGGACGGAUACUCUUCAGCGUUCUUCAAGAGGAACUGGGUCGACUUGGGGCCGGACAUUAUUGAGGCAGUUUCG